UUGAAAGCAUACCGUGGCUACUCCUGCGACGGAUACCUAAGUAUUCUUCCGGGCACAAACAUGGCUUCCGAUGGCAACGAAGAUCUAUAUGCGCCAAAUCCUUCUCUGCUUCGUCAACUCCUUCCACCUCCCGACGCCCCUUCCUCUCAGCACCGAACGGCAUUAGCCAGGAUUGACAAAGAGCUCGUCGCAUUCACGCAUUACACCGACAACUACCGUUUACAGCUGGACACUGCCCGAACAGCCAUUCUGGAAUCACUCUCCCGCACAAGCUUCCCAUUCAACACCCUCCCCGUCGAAAUUAUCACCUACAUAUUUAUCGAAUGCUUGCCCAAGAAUGGCUACGUGCGUCCGUCGACGAGAUCAGCUCCGCUGCUAUUCACCCGGGUUUGUCGUGGCUGGAGGCACAUUGCGCUCACGACCACGGAGCUUUGGCUCGGUCUGGAAUGGGAGCUGAUGAAAACCGGCAGCGGCAAACGUGAAGCACAGCGGGCGGCGCAACAGGAAGACGGGUUGAAGGAAUGGAUUGCGAGAGCAAAAUGGCAUCCGAUGUCUCUGCGCCUUCCGAUUCCGCGUCAAACCUCAAGCGGUCGGCCAGUGAUGCCCAAGGCAAUCGAAAAAUUAUUCCCUCGUCUCGUACAUCUUCGGGUCGACAUUCCCUCCGCUAUGUUCAAUACUUUCGUCAGGAAGCCGACCAACGGAGAAUUGGCCACCGUCAACACCAUCACUGCCAAUCUCAACCGCAAGGCAUUGCGAGACGUGCUGGCUGGCUGUCCGCAAUUGCGCGAGCUCCACCUCCUCCCCGACUCGGCAGAAAUAUCGAUUGCGGCCCCAGCUCUGCACAAGCUGCGGAUCGACUCCGAAAUAUCGGUCGUGCAACUACUCAAGACUCUUCGAGACUGCCCGCAGCUCUUCCAUAUGCAUUGUUAUCUCCAAGACGACGGAGAAGAACUGGGCGAGCCAGAUGUGGAUCUGCUCCAGCCUCUGUCUCUUCCUCAGCUCCAUUCGCUCAGUAUUACCAUGGAUUGUCAUGUUGUUGCCGAAGAGUUCCUAUUCCGCAAUCUGGAAACACUCCCAAAUCUGACAAGCGUCCGGAUCGAACAGGCCGAAAAACUCGGUCGCGUGUACGACUUGCUCGACCGUUCCGCCUGUACGGGACUCCGCUACCUAUACUGCGACUUGACGAUGGAUGACGAUUGGCACAGAGGGCGCGACCCGCCGAUCAUGGGCCGCUGGCCGAGCCUCGAAGUAUUCGAAGCCGACUUGACGCUUGAAAUGAUGCCCGACUUCUUUGCCAGACUUGCUGCCGCCCCUGGAACCAUGCUCCCCCGUCUCCGCAAACUCAAAAUCUACAUCCGCGUGCCGCUGAGCUCUCUGUAUACCACGACCAGCACCCUGAAUCUCGGUCCGAUGCUCGAUUUUCUCGCGGCCCGGUGCACGCCCGGGGGCCUGGAGGCCCUGUGGAUCUUCCUCAGCGAUGUCGACCCCGCCGGCCUGUCUUCGUGGCAUCCCCACGAGGUGUUUGUCAAGCGCAUCCUCCCGCUCAUCGAGAACGGUCUCGACUUCGCGUUCCUCGUCAGCGAUUACCUGCAGAAUGUCGAUGUCUGGCCAGCUGAAAGAUCAUAUCUCAAAGACGACUUUGACAAGGAUUCUACUUGGAUGAUCGACUAA